CAGCUGGCUGUUUUCUCUGUAAAAGAGGCGUGUCUACUCAGAUUGCUGGUGCUCUGUCCCGAAGUCGACUCCAUAAGCAGGAAUUGAAUUUCUGCUGGUUUCCUUGCUUCGUUUCUGCGACCAGAAGUCAUGUCCGUGUCGAGUGGGCCGAGUUUGCAGGAAGACCUGAGCAACAUACCACUGGCUGACGAUGACCCGCAAGCCGUGAUCGAGGACGCAGACACGACAGCUGAUCUGUCGCUGGUGUCGGACGCAAUGGUCAGGGGCCGCAGCAUGGACUCGAUCCAGUCCACCUUCACCAACGGCAGCAGCUCACCUGGACCGAGCAAUCACCUUGGCCUCGACCCAGACAUUAGUCCAGACGAGCAGGAGGAAAAGGCCAGGCUCAUUUCGCAGGUGCUAGAACUGCAGAAUACGCUUGAUGAUUUAUCUCAGCGCGUGGACAGCGUGAAAGAAGAGAACCUGAAGCUACGGUCUGAGAACCAGGUUCUUGGGCAGUACAUUGAGAACUUGAUGUCCGCUUCGAGCGUGUUCCAGUCGACUUCGCCCAAGAGCCGCAAGAAAUGAGCUUUUCUGCCUUGACAACACACAAAAUGAAAACAAGCUGGCUAUUUACCAAAAUUAAUUUCUGCAUUUUGAUCGAAAAGCAGUUCAUUCCCGUUUGUCCGAGUGCGCUGAUUGAUUAUUAUACCCAUGUUGCGGAAGGAACGAACUGAUGUCUAGUCAGAUUCUCUUUAAUUUUAAUGACGCAUGAGUGCUUUACUCUGGAGAUUUGUCAGCUUGCAUUCCACUUUGCUGAUUAACACAUUUUAUUUGUCGAUAAUAACAUAAUGUAUAGUGUAUAAGCUUCUUAUAUCGUUGUAUUUUAUUAAAUUAAGUGCACUAAAGCGAUUUUGCGAAAAUGUAAAUUUACUAAAUCAACUUUGCAAGCACAUUUUCCUGCUUGAGGUUGUUAAAUACGGUAAAGUUGCAGCGUAAGUGUUUAUAAUUUUAAUAUUUUAAUGCAAUAAACCCACUACAUUAACAGAAA